AUGAAUAAUUUCUCUUGGAGUAACCAGGAUUUUUUUGUUUCAGUGCCAGUAUCAGUUCUGAGCAACGAUAUAUCGAACAGUGCAGAGGAAGAAGAGGAAGACGACGAUAUUCCAGUCAUAGACGACGAUUUCACGACACGCGGCUUGGAAAGGUUAAGCUCGGCUGCUACGUGUUUAGUCGCUGGUGUUGAAUACACGCACGGCCAACAGAUUUAUCGUCCAGAUCCGUGCGAGUUCUGCCUCUGCCUGGACGGCGAGAUGUUCUGCUGGUGGCAAGACUGUCCGCCAACGAUGGAGGGUCCAUGCAGGGACAGAGGACCGUUCUCACCCUGUCUCAGCGUCCCAGCGAAUCCCCUAAUUUCAUCUACGUCCUCGUCGGAGACAUUUUCAUCAUCUUCCAAAGGUGGCUACACAGCCGCCGCGUCAUCAACUUCCACGUCAACAACACAAUCGUCACACGAAACGUCGUCUUCCAACACUUCGUCGCUCGCUCGAGUGGCGAUCUCCAAGAAUGACACCGCAGCGGACUUCGAGGAUACCUCGACGGUCACCGAAGAGCCCGAUAUUUCUUCCAGCGAGACUUCGCAAGAGGCCAGUACGAGUGGGGAAGUGCCAAAGAAAUGCGUCGUCAUGGGUAGAGAGUACCAGAUAGGAGACAAGCUGCCGCACAACACGGGCAACUGCGUGGAAUGCGUCUGCGGUCUCGGUGCCAAAGUGACGUGUUCCCCCCACCAAUGCGCUCCGGCCGGUGACGAAAUCAACGACUACCACCUGCCCGGCGCCCGGCAACUGCUACCGGCGGACAUCUUUUAAACGCGGGCACCCGGGAGUCCACAAAAGCCUAAUCAGUUCUUCCUAGAUCGAUGGACGCGAAUGGUCGGUGCACUGGUCAGAAAAUUUACCUCGCAUUGCGAACAGAUAUUUUCUAUCUUCAUAGUUGGCUUUUGUUCAGCAAAAGAUUCUAAUAGGAGUUUAUAAUAAAGGUCGGUCUGUCUAUUGUAAAAUUCACUAGACUUUACAGACAGCGAAAUUUCAUGAUUAGAUUAGGCUUAAAACGCAAUACUCGGCAUCCUAUAUCUGCUCCACUACUCGCAAUAAUAAAAUUCUCCUAUGUCAAAGCAGAGAUCAAUUUCGGGUAAAUUUUCUGACUAAUAAGCUGCACGUGUACAGGUAAGACAUAGAAAUUCCAUCAAUGUAUGGUUAAGAUCAAAAUAAAACAGCUUAUAAUGUUCAUUCGUUUUCAGCAAACCAUUUUAAGGUUAAAAAAAGUGUAAAUGUAAAAAGCAAUUAAGUACAAUGUAUAGGGAAAUAAGAAACUAUAUCAGCAGUACCUUUAAUAAAAAAAUAAAGUUAUUGUUUAUGUACAAUACCUUCCAAAGGCUCGCCAACAAUUCGGGUUUGGUAAAAAAAAAUUAAAUAAAUAUCGAAAAACUUUAAUACAAAUACUACAUUCACUUAUGAGCCAUAUAAAUCUUUUUUAUCUUUUUAUAUGAAGAUAAACAUUUACCUAGACCAAACCUUUUUUCUGAGCUGAAAUAGAACCUCAAAAAAUUAUGUUGGUAAAACCAGAGUAAUUUGUUUUAUCGUUCAGCUCAAGGAUUUCCAGUUUACCAUACCUGUAAGGAAAAAACAUCCAUUUACCAGUUCGAUGUUUUUUAAAUACAAUAAAGAAAUAGACAAUUCAAUUUAAAUGUCACAUUUACGAAUGUUCUUUUAGGAGUGAAAGGAGGAUUUAACAAAGUUCCCAAAAUAUUUAAAUAUUGUUUCCAUUUUCAUAUUCAUAAUUUCCGAGAUUUUUAGAAAUUCCAAAAUUUUCAAAGUCGAGUUUUAAAAAUUCACGAGUUUUAAAAAUUUUCAAAAAAUACGAAGUAUUCAAAAUACGUUAAUAUUUUUUAAAUUUGCAACUUCCAAGAAUUUCAGAAUAUACAAAUUUUGGAAAUAUUGAGAAGUUUGUGGAUCUUGGUAUUUUCAAAAUUUUUGCUAAAAACCUACUGUGAAAUGCACACAUUAAUCUUCCUCAAGAAAGUGAUACUGCAUAAAACCCAAGAAGAGACAGAG